GUCCAAAACUAAGUGGAAAACUGAGUUAGAGUAAAACGCGGUAUUUACGGCAUAUGUGGCAAUUUAUUUAGAUAAAUGCAUAAAAAGAAAUGAAGGUCGGGGCUACUUAUGAAUAUUUGUGGCUUGGGUUUCUUGAAUAGUAGGCUACACUGAUUAGCAACAAUUAUGUAACACCGUUACCGUUACCAAUUCGUUUCCGUAAUACUAAUUUACGAGGAGUUCCUGAAGUGAUACAAUGUCUGCGCGCUGAUAUGUAAUGAGUACUGUAUGGCGUGUCGGUGUAAUAGUGUAAGGAUUUUUUUUUGAGGCAUCCAUGGGUGUGUGUCUGUUGUUAUAUAUCGAAGCAGUAUGUGGGAGGGGAAAGAAACGACGCUGAGGACAACUCCUCUGAUAUGAAGGGCAUGCCGGACUUAGCAGGCCUACACUCCACAUCAGUCCCCCCACCGGACAGUCGUGAUGGAUUUCGUGCUGAGCGGAGUUGCCGCGUGCGGGGCAUGUCUGUUCACCAACCCGCUGGAGGUCGUCAAAACGCGAAUGCAGCUCCAGGGAGAGCUCCAGAGCCGGGGCUCGUACCAGGUGUACUAUCGCAACGUGUUCCACGCCUUUUACACUAUCGGUAAAGUGGACGGACUGGCCGGCUUACAGAAGGGACUGGCACCCGGGCUCGUUUAUCAGUUUUUUAUGAACGGAGUCCGGCUCGGCUCGUACGCCGUCAUUGAGAACUCUGGUUACAUCCACACCAAUGGAAGGGUCAGCGCGGCCAAAACCACGUUAGCAGGGGCUGUUGCUGGAGUGGUGGGGGCCGUGGUGGGAAGCCCUGUGUACUUGGUAAAGACUCAUCUGCAGAGUCAGUCUAACUCCUCUAUAGCAGUUGGACAUCAAUAUAAACACAAGGGGAUGAUCCACGCUCUGGCAGCCAUCUACAAACAGCAUGGCAUUCUGGGAUUGUGGAGGGGCUCAAGUGCUGCUGUACCGAGGGUCAGCGUGGGGUCAUCUGCACAGCUCUCCGCCUUCUCUUCCUCCAAGGAGCUUGUGAUUGACCUACAGGUGUUCCCAAAGGGCAGCUGGUUGGUCGCCCUGACUGCUGGCAUGAUGAGCAGUUUGGUGGUGGUGAUGGCUAUGACACCUUUUGAUGUAGUGAGCACACGGCUCUACAACCAGCCUGUGGAUCAUUUGGGCAAGGGGCAGCUUUAUAACGGAUUCGUUGACUGCUUUUCCAAGAUGCUGAGGAAGGAGGGCUUUCUGGGACUCUACAAAGGCUUGGGAGCCUCUUAUUUCCGGAUCGGUCCACAUACCAUUCUGUCUUUGUUUUUGUGGGAUGAACUGCGCAAACAGCACCAGCAGUUUCAGGGACAAAGAAAACUCUGUAACUGAUUAAGCUCUGAGUGCAGAGGUAAAUUGAGUCCUCAUUUAAUGAGGAUACAAUGGUCAGAUGAAAG